UUUCUUUCUGUGGUCUGUGUUUGUUCUGCUUAUUCUCAACGUCUUACGGAUAUGGGUAGAAUACCCACAGUUACAGGAAUCAACAGGGAACGAAUCAGUCUGAGGGAGGUGUGGAGCGGUGGGGUUUUUGUGUGCAGGGAGUUUUAGUAUACUUUGAAAAACAAUAUCAAAUUCUCAUACUACCUCAGUUCUUGUCAGAGGAAGAUCCACACAACAUCACAUUGGAGAGUUUCCAUUUGUCACACUGUAGGAGUCUACAAUGAUGUGCCCAAAGACAGAGCUCCAUAAUGGACUGUCCUUCGGGACCCGCAGUGUUUUGCUGUGUCUGAUACUGACUUUUACAGUUUGCGUUGCAGGGCAGUCAGAGUUGAUUUGUUCACAUCAACCAAUCGUAGCCCUGGCUGGUGAUGAUGUCAUUCUACCAUGUUACCUUGAUCCUCCAAUCAGUGCCAGUUCUGAGACAGUGGAGUGGACCAGACCUGGUUUAGACCGAAAGUACAUCCAUGUUCACCAUAAUGGACGACUGAUUUAUCUACAUCAAAAUCCAUCUUAUUUUCUCCGAACGAGACUGUUUGUGGAUAAACUGCAGAAUGGAAACGUCUCCAUGAAAAUCUUCAAAGUGAAAAUCUCUGAUGCAGGAAAUUAUUUUUGCAUCCUUGAAUCAAUGUUGAAGGAAGCUUCCAUCCAACUCACUGUUGGUGCUGCCUCCACUCCCAUCAUAGAGGUUGUCUCCAAUAACAGUAGAAGUGUAGUUCUACAGUGUGAGUCUAAAGGCUGGUAUCCAGAGCCUGAGGUGGUCUGGCUGGACGGUGAGGGAAACCUCCUCUCUGCUGGACCUACAGAGACAGUCAGAGGUCCUGAUGACCUCUAUACUGUCAGCAGCAGAGUGACUGUGGAGAAGAGACACAGCAACAACUUCACCUGUAGAGUCCAACAGAAGGACAUCAACCAGACCAGAGAGACACACAUCUAUGUUCCAGAUGAUUCAUUCACAGUUCAGUUGUCUCCUGAUUGGAUUCAGAUCAUCAUCAUCAUCAUCCUCAUCAUUAUUAUCAUCAUCAUCAUCACCAUCAUCAGACUUAUUUACAUUUAUGUGCUGCUCAUUAUCACUCUGACAACACGCUCAAAAAGGAUCCGGGACAGAGUUAUUUCACAGUGGGAGAGAUGGAUCAACAACUGGAUGAAAAAGAGGCAGCGUUUGUCAUUCCAACGAAGCCAACAGUGAUGAAGAAACAAAAUGCUGAUGGGAUUGUAAGCAACUGGACAGUUCAGAGAUCGCAGACAGAGGAAAUAUCAGGAGCAGGAAAUAACACUGAAGACACAGGAACUCAAGAAAGACAUUGAUGUAAGUUGUACAUGUUGUUCAUAUUGUAUAUUUUAAUUGUCUGAUUUUAUUUACCUCAUUGUUGUCCUGAAAUGCUUUCUCACUUUCACACUCAUUCAUUGAUUAGACAAAGGCACAAAAACACAGUUUACAGUUUUUCUUCUUAGAAAAUGUUAUUCCAUUCAGCACAAUUGUUGUUCCCAUGUGUAUGUUUGUCACUGAACCGUUGACUCUUACUGGUUGUUCUGGGUGCCUGUUACAGAGGAGGCCAGGAUCAGUGUAACAAAUACUGCAAUGCCGGAACACUGACCAUCACUAACAUGAGGGCUGAGAAGAAAAUUAAAUUCUCUAUUUUCCUCUGAGACUUUUAUUUCUUUUUUUUUCUAUUGAGAUUCAGCAAAAUAAGUAAAGUACAACGCACAUUUUAACUGAUGAAAUGUUAAAUUUUUAUAAUUUGUUGCGUAAUUCAAUUCAGGUUUGUAGUAAUAAUAUUAACUGUAAUAAUAAUAAUAAUAACAAUAAUUUCCGUGAUAUUCUCAAUGGGAGUCAAGCAGGACCAUGGCAGCAGGCUUCACCAGGAUCCAUGAGAAUCUGCGAGACGAGAAAGCACAAGAACUCCGGGGAAGAAGUGAAGUUAGUAACAUGCAUUAAUGGUACAUGAAUGAGUGCAGAAAGAGAGAGAGAGGACUCACCUGAGCCAGCCCUAACUAUAUUAUUAUAUUAUUAAUUGGAGUGUUUUAAUGGACUUAUUGAGACAACCUGAUAACAAAGAGUUACAGUAAUCCAGCCUAGAAGUAACAAAUGCAUGGAUUAGUUUUUCUGCAUCUGUCUGUGAUAGGAUGUGUCUAAUUUUUGUAAUGUUAGGUAAAUGAAAGAAGGCAGUCCUAGAGGUCUGCUUUAUGUGGGAAUUAAAUGACAUGUCCUGAUCAAGGAUAACUCAAAGAUUCCUGACAGUGGUGCUAGAGGCUAAGGUAAUACCAUCUAGACUAACUAUAUCUUUAGACAGUGAGUUGUUGAGGAUUUUUGGGGCCAAGUACAAGAACUUUAGUUUAACAUCAGAAAAUUGCAGCUCAUCCAGGAUUUUAUGUCCUUAAGACAUGUUUAGAUUUAGAAUUUAGAUAACUGACUAAUUUCAUCGGGCUUGAUCGACAGGUAUAACUGGGUAUCAUCUGCAUAACAGUAAAAGUUAAUGGAGUGAUACCUAAUAAUGUUGCCUAAGGGAAGCAUAUAUAAAGUAAAUAGUAUUGGUCCAAGUACAGAACCUUGUGGAACUCCAUGACUGACUUUAGUAUUUAUUGAAGAUUCAUCGUUAACAUGUACAAACUGAGAACGAUCUGAUAAAUAUGACCUAAACCAGCUUAGUGCAGUUCCUUUAAUGCCAAUUAGAUGCUAAAGUCUCUGUAAAAUAAUAUUAUGGUCAAUGGUGUCAAAUGCAGCACUAAGAUCUAAUAAUACAAGUACAGAGACAAGUCCAUUGUCGGAAGCACUCAAAAGAUCGUUAAUAACUUUUACCCAAUUUCCCUCCAGGGAUUAAUAAAGUCUAUCUAUCUAUCUAUCUAUCUAUCUAUCUAUCUAUCUAUCUAUCUAUCUAUCUAUCUAUCUAUCUAUCUAUCUAUCUAUCUAUCUAUCUAACCAGAGCUUUAAGGGUAAGACUUCUUUAAGCAGCCUAGUUGGGAUGGGGUCUAAGAGACAGGUUGAUGGCUUUGAUGUAGAAAUUAUUGAAGUUAGUUGAUGCAGCUCAAUAGCAGAAAAACAGUCUAAAUAUAUAUCUGAUUUUACAUUUGUUAAAAUUCCUGAACUUGGAGAGACAGCCACACAUUUUUAAACAGGAGAAUGUAAGAAUCACAUUAGGCCUUCAACCUUAAGGUACUUUAUAAAAGUUCACCUUUAUUCAUACACACAUUAUACACAUAAUUCUUUGUCAGAGCCACAGAGGGCCACUAGAGGGCCUCAUGUGGCCCCGGAUCAGUAGGUUGCCUACACCUGAUAUAGAAAGGAACAUGUGACUUUUACAUGUAUAUUGCAUUUGGGAGUGACUGUUUUUUGUAUUUUAUUUUAUAUUUAUUUAGAUCCUAAUUUAUCAGACAGAGAUUCUGAGUUUAAGCUGAAUUGAUAAAUGAACUGUGCAGGAGUCUUGAAUGAACAAUGUAAUAUAAGGUUUGUGAUGGGUUUAUUGUUUUGUUAUUAGUUAUUAGUUGAUGUUUCGGAUAUGUCUGAUACCAUCCUAACCUCCCCACUGAAUGGAAUUAACUGUUGAAACAGAUUUCUGGAUCCUGUGUUUACACACUGCCAUCAGAUGUUCUGUGAGCCAACGCCACCAUUGCAAAAGCUUUUUCUCUCAUGUCAAGUCAUUGGGAGGAUAGGGAGUACAUACAUGUUACACGUUACAUAUAAUUAAGUUACAUAAAAGGUGCCUGGCCAUUGAAAUGCUUGCACACAAAAUAAAUGUGGAAAAUCCAA